AAUGAGCAGCAGGACAGCCCAGGGCCGCCUGCAGGUCCUGCAGAUCUACCGCCUGCUGCAGCACGUCCUGCAGGGAGACCGGCAGCAGAUUGAGGAGAUGGUGAACCUCGGAGUGAAAGAUCUCAUUAACCUCACAGAGCCACGGGAUGGCACCGGGGUGCUGCAUGUGGCAGUUUCAGCCAAUGAUCUAGACCUCGUCGACUUCCUUCUCUCUAAAGAAGCACAGCCUAACGUUCAGGACAGACAGGGUCGUACGCCCGCCAUGUUAGCAGCUGAGCUGGGGAAUGACGCCAUGCUGUCUCUGCUAACCCACAAACAGGCUGACCUGACGCUCCGGGAUGCCAAGGGACAAGGUGUGCUGUUCUACUGUAACUACCCCACCAAGCGCCAUGCCCGCUGCCUGCAGCUGGCCCUGCAGAAGCAGGCAGAUGUAAACAACGUGUCCACUAAGGGGGUUCACAUCUUCCAGAUGAUGUGUGAGAAAGCCUACGACCGCACCCCGCUGUGCCUCAUCAUGGUAGAUGCUGGAGCGAAUCCCAACGCAACAAAUCAGGAAACGGGGGUGACGGCAUUGAUGGAGGCAGCCAGGGCCGGCUCCCUGCUGCUCGUUCGAGCCAUUCUCAGGAAGGGAGGAAACCCCCACGCUCUGGAUAAAAAGUGCUUCACUGCAGUUCAUUACGCUGCCAUGGGGGGCUUUUUUGAGGUAAUUCAGGUGCUAUCUGCGUUCUCAGCAGAUGUGGGGGUGGUCAACUUUCAUACCUGCACACCUUUACACUAUGCUGCUGCCACAGGCCACGCCAGCUGCUGCAAGUUCUUAACUCAGAGAGGUUGCAACCCUAAACUGAAGAACCAGGACAAUUUGCUGCCACGCCAGAUCGCCAAAGACUUCGGUCACAAAGCAGCAGCCAAAGAACUGAGGAAAGCAGAGAGGCUUCAGGGGAAAGGCAACAAAUCCGACAGUAUCAGCCUUAUGUCCGACCUCUGGGCCCUGACCCUCCACGACUGGUCCAAUGAGUUUCAGGCCGAGUUACGGCAAGCCUUUGGGGACCAAACAGAAACAGUUUCCUCAGAGAUGUUUGUUAUGGUGUUAAAGGAGCUAAAUGCUCCUAUUAAAUCAAGUCAUCUCCUUAAAGUCAUCUCAGCCCACGACAAGAAAGGAGAGGGAAGCGUCAACAUCACUGACUUCAUCAAAGGUGUCAAGUACAUCAAGAAAGCCUACCUCAUCUCCUCAUACUUGCCUAAAAAGAUGGGGGGAAAGGGAAAAAAAGGACAGCAGAAGAAGAAGUGUAAAUUUGUCCUCCCCAUGCCCAUUUGUACCCUUCUGCCAGAGCUCAAGCCUCGGCGUCCAGAUGGAGGGCCCCCUUACUUCAUGAUCGAGACGUACUACAACUCCUCAGACAUCCGCCGCUUCGACCCCAACCACCCACCCAAACAUCCCAUAAUCAACGAUUCAGCAUGGUACAUGAAGAAACUCAACAAAGAAUACAUCAACAUCAACUACUGUGUGAAAGGUGGAAAUCUAGAGACCCUGGACCUGGCAUUCAAGCAGGGGGUACCUGUGGAUAUUCAGGAUGAAUAUUACAAGACGCCGCUGAUGGUGGCCUGCUCCACUGGAAACGCUGAGCUGGUUCAGUACCUCCUGAGCCAGGGGGCUGAUGUGAACGUGUGUGACCAGUUCUUCUGGACGCCCCUUCACCACGCCGCUCACGCAGGCUAUUUGGACAUUGUCGAUGUUCUGCUGAAAGCUGGGGCAGCUAUAGAUGCUCCGAGCCUCUGUGGAGGCACGGCCCUUGUGAGGGCCAUCGAGAGCGCUAAACCCUCAUGUGUGGACUUCCUCAUCAGGGCUGGUGCCAGCGUGAAUGCAAAGAGUAUGAAAGGAAAAGACUGCCUUGAUAUCGCUGUAGAAUUUGGAGACUCAGAAAUAGUAAAGCUGGUCAAAGACAAGAUGGAUUCUCUGCCUAAACUGAAGGACCCUGCAAAGGAAAAGAGUGGCAAAUUAAAAUCUGGCCCAAAAAAGAUCCGACCGACCCGCCUGUCCCCAGCGUCCCUCGUGAGGCACCUGUCGCAACCUCCCAUGGUCAGCAGCUGCUCGUCAAACCGUCUGAACUGUUCGCCGGAGAUCCUGACCAAUGCUUCUAACGCAGUGAAAUGUCUCCUGGGGUUACGUCAAGGCCGCCGUCCUGUUUCUGAGUACGCCCUGGAGUUCCGGAUCCUGGCGACUCAAACGAGACCAAACUUCCCGUGCCUCCCGAGCCAGAACCCGUGCAGAUUGGGCGAACACGGUUGA